CAAUUGCGUGAUGCGGAUUUGACUCUUAGUGAUAAAGAGGUCACUACGUCUAUUUAUCUUUAAUUUCAUUGCCCAAACGAGUUUACCCAUUUAACUUGAAGAUUAACGGCACCGAAAGCGCAGUUUAAAGUAAGUCAAGCGAGUACGCCUCCUGUCAAUACAAAAAAACAUCAGAACAGGCAUGGACACAACCUCAACGGCUCAAAAACCGAAAGGUAAAGUAGCAGUUCACAGGGUGAGAUCGUGUCCACAACCUUUCGAUUUAAUGUUCCAAAUCGCUUGCAGUAAGGAAUCAUUAGAUUCGGAGUUUACAGAAGGAAAGAAGGUUAUUGAUUUCCUACGUCGAGCUGGAAAAGUAGUCGAAUUGGACGCCAUUACUGCAUCUGGGAUGACUGCGCUUACACAGUGUGUUCUUGAUGGUAAUUUCAGGAGUGUAAAAGCUUUGAUAGAACUUGGAGCGAAUGUGAACAAGAAAGAUGGACAAGGAUGGACUCCUUUACACUACGCAGCCAGCGAAGGGUACCUUGAAAUCGUCAAGUAUUUGUUACGUUGCGAGGCUGAUGUGCGCGCGUUGGACGGCAAUAAACAAAUGCCUGUUGAUGUGGCAGAAGCCGAGGACGUGCGCAAAUUUUUGUCGAGAGUCACUUUAUUCUAUUCGCCCAUGAGUAGAAAUCUGACAAGAAAGGCUAGUUUACCAGCUUGGUUAUAGUUGUACAGUACGCUUUAGUUUCUGUUAUUUUUGGUUGAAAUAAAGAGAAAGAAAAGGAAAAGAGGACGCUGGUAAAGAAUUGCGAAUAUCAACCGUUAUAAAUUGGAUCACCUGUUUCCUGAUCAGGAUCCUUAGCGCUACUUAGCAAUAUCGCCGGAAUGACGCACUUCCGUGAAGAUGUUAUCAUUGUAACGGGAGGAAGUGUGGGAAUGAGCGGCUGCUACAAGAUGACGGAGUCUGUUUCUAGGGCACAUUAUUCGCUCGGCCUGUAAAGACAAAUAUUCAUAGAAAACUAUUGCUGCCAUGAUGAAGAGUAUAUAGUAUAGCUUGUAGCGAGUUUAUUUUCCGUAAUGAAGUAGCAAAUCGAACAGCUCGAUAAAUGUAACCAAAAUAAAGCAUUUUAAGUCUGUAAGUCGGUUUCCUGUCGUUUUCUAU